AUGUGUCCACUACCGCUCUCGUUAUCUUCUGCUGCCGCUGCCGCUGCUGCUGUUACCUCAGCACGGUAUAAAGGGGAAGUCAUCGCACUACUUCACUCAGUACGUCUAGCUAUGACUCGUCCUGGGCUUCGCGAGAUCGGCUCCUUCUUCCACCUAGUUUUCCUCCUCCUCCUCCUUGUCGCCGCCCCUCGACCAGCAGAAUCCGCUAUUGCCGAGGUGGUCUUUGAAAUCUUCCACCUUAUGAUCAAAGUUCUAGCCAAAGUACGUCUGCCCAAUUUGUUGAGCUUUUUGAGGAAUGUCUUUUUCCCCUCCAUCGAGUUCAUUUUUACAAGCUAUGGUCCAAUUAAGGCCUAA